UUCUCUGUUAGAUUUCUUUAAAAGAACUUGUUUGGUUUGAUUUGACUCUGAAAAGUCUCACAUGAAAAUAAACUGAGAAAGUCUCUGUUUGUGUCAUCAGGUGUGUUUGGUGAUAAAGUGAAGUCAGUGUCAGUGAUGGAGGGAGAUUCUAUUACUCUACACACUCAUAUUACUCAAAUACAGACAUACGAUUUAUUAGAUUGGAGCUUUGGUGUUCAAGGGGAUCUCAUAGCGCAAAUAAACAGUGAGGCCAAUAAGGUCUCAAUAAAUGAUGAUGUUCUUAAUGGGAGAUUCAGAGACAGACUGCAGAUGAAUAAUCAGACUGGAGAUCUCACCAUCACAGACAUCACAACUCAACACGCUGGCGAUUAUAAACUAGAGUUUACCAGAGUGAGGAUUACAAGAAAAACAUUCAGAGUUAGUGUAAUUGAUGUUGAUACAGAUGAGAUGAAGUCAGUGUCAGUGAUGGAGGGAGAUUCUGUUACUCUACACACUGAUGAUCCUGAUAUUAAGAAAUAUGAUGUGAUACUGUGGAUGUUUCACUCUAUUAUAGCUGAACUCAACAGAAACACUGCUUUCUUCUCUACAUUUGAUGAUGUUCAUGGUGUGAGAUUCAGAGAUAAACUGCAGCUGGAUGUUCAGACUGGAUCUCUUGACAUCAGAAACAUCAGAACCAAACACUCUGGACUUUAUGAAGUAGAUAUCAGCAGCACCACUAGCAGCAGCAGCACCACCACCAGUUAUACCAUACAUCAGUCAUUCACAGUUAAUGUCAGUGGUGAGUUGAUCAUAGUCUUCAAUUUAUACCACGGGUAA